GAGGAAGCUUCUCGAAAGCGGACAGUCAAAACAACUUAGCAAUGUCGCGUAAUAAGUUUGUACAAAUAGUGUGAGCUCAAACGUAUAUAUUUAAUGUAAAAAGCACUUCAGCAGAUCCACUCGUGGUUAGAAAACACCCUUGCUGGUCCACCGCGUGGCCAGUAGCUGGCUGUGGUUUGGCUAACGUUAGACGUCAGUUACUAGCCCCAGCAACGUUUUUCAUGUCAGCUGCUUAAAUUACCUUCUUGUGCUCUUCUCGGAGCCUGGCAACUCCACCGAGAUGGUCUAUAUUCAUUUUAACCUUUUCAGCCAUUAUCAACCCACGUGCACAACAGUAAAAUGUGUUGUUUUGUGACCCCAAAACAAAGCUCAGGGGUUGUUGUGAGUCCUAAAGAAGUGUUUAUGGAUGCAGCAGCAGCUACUCCUGAGAGCCGUUCUGCUCGUAUUCAUCAAUGGGGCGGUGAUAGUUAUCCUCACUCUCGAUAGUGAUCUCAUCUCACACUCUCAUUUCAAGAUUUCUGCAUGAUUUCCAAAAAUAUCCACGGUGUUAAUAUUCCCAAGAUGAGAAAAUAUUCCACGACGUUCUCGCUGCGACUACGUGCACCUCGGUCCGACGUCAAGACACCAGCAAUUACAACGGAACUUCUGGUUAUGAUUUUCAAAUUAAAAGACCUCAUUGUAUGUGUCAUCGGGUUAAUGAUGUCAUGAAGCUGUGUUGUGAGUUAUCUGCCAAUCAGCAGAUCCAGACCACAGUGAAAGGCUCAGGGAAGGGAGCAGCAGCAGCUGGGGGACUGGCCUUUGCUGGAGGAUUGGUCGGGGGUCCCCUUGGUAUUGCAGUUGGCGGUGCAGUUGGAGGCCUUCUGGGCUGCUGGCUGACCAGCGGACAAUUCAAACCCCUGCCUCAGAUCAUAAUGGAGCUCACUCCUCAGCAGCAGCAGAAGCUUUAUGAGGAUCUCAUGGCCAUCCUGGGAGAAAUUCAGUGGACAGAUUUGGCCCAGCUGACUGCUCUAGUAAUGGGCAACGCUACUCUGAAGCAGCAGCUUACGGGUGCCCUUCUCGGGUAUAUCACCAAGGAGCUCCAGGCAGAGGUGCACUAUGUGGAUUAGUGUUUGCGGAUAAUCUGACUCAGGGCCCCACAUGCUCAGGAAGAUGGAGUCCUUAACAAGAAUGGGAACAGUUUUUAUGAAACUGGAGAGACUCAAAAUGGCACUGACACCAUCACAGUCCUGGUAACCUCUGGUUAAUAUGAGGUUAGCACAUUAUUGUGAAUUUAAACAGCUAUAACUGGAUUAAUUUAUUUAAUUUUUAUUAUGGGAAGUGCAUUUAUCAGUUGAUGGAAUUAUUUAUUCAUUUAGCCUUUAAUGGCACUUACAAUCACUGCGUCAAAAGUUACUCUGAAUUAAAGUCUGACUGAGUGGUUUAGCUACAACAAAGUAGUUUUCAAUAUUAUUUAAAUAUUUACAUACAAAGAAUUAUGCUCUAAAUAAGAAGCAACUGUACAGUGUGGAAUAUUUUGAUUUGAUGUGAAUUUAUCAAUUUUGCAUCUGUGUACGGUAUAUUGUAUUGCUAUCACUGAGUCAAUUCAAACUCUUCAUUGCUUUAAAUGAUUUUUCAUCAAUAAAAACAAAUGUUUGUUUCACUGGUUCAUACAGUUUUACAUAGUA